AAGAAUGUGGCCGCUGAUACCCUUCCGAUGGAUCAACCGGCGGCGACACUGUUUUACAGUUUCUAAAGUAGUUUGUGUUCAGCAGCUCCACAGCAGCAGCACUGAGUUUGCAAACAUCCACUACGAUGGACUGUACCCUGGACAUAUUCCCACCACCACCGUUCAAAAAGCUCUCUUGUCCAUUGGGUCAGGUGUGGCGGCACUGCAGAACCCCUACAGACAUGACAUGGUUGCAGUCCUGGGGGAGACAACGGGACACCUAGCACUCAUAAAGCUCAGGGACAGGAUGAGAAAUGACCCUGAAGGCUACGCUGUCCUAACAGAAAGGCCGAGGAUCCGGCUGUCUACGCUCGAUCUGACAAAGAUGGCUUCGCUGCCUGACGGCUCCUUUGGGAGGGAAUACCUCAGAUUUCUGGAGGACAAUGAUGUGACUCCUGACUCAAGAGCAGACGUGAAGUUCGUGGACAACGAGGAGCUAGCUUAUGUCAUGCAGAGAUACAGAGAGGUCCACGACUUGCUGCACACCUUACUGGGCAUGCCCACUAACAUGCUGGGUGAAGUCGCUGUGAAAUGUUUUGAAGCUACUCAGACCGGGCUUCCCAUGUGUGCUCUUGGAGCUGUGCUAGGGCCACUACGGCUAAAUGCAAGUCGUUUACAGUCACUCUUUACAUCUUUGGGCCCGUGGGCUCUGCAGAACGGACGGUGUGCUCGCUGCGUCCUCAGCAUCUUCUACGAGAGGCGCUGGGAGCAGAGCCUCGAGGACCUCCGGCGAGAGCUCAACAUCGAGCCACCUCCUGUCAUACCAAAGGCUAAGAAGAAGACCUAAAGAGGGAAAACAUAAUGAAUGUUCUGGAAAUUGCUCUACAAGAGACUAAACCAGAAAUAUGUAAAAGAUUCUGUGGAAAUUUGUAAUGCUGGGGGGAAGGGAGAAUUUCCCUCUGCAAAGAUUUGAAAAAUCUCCUUUCCUGUUUUUCUGGUUUUAACGGAAGAUGAUCUCAGCUGAUGAGACGCUUCUAUUUGUGUCUGAUUCUGCCAUGUAACUAGAAUUAUUAAAGUUGUUGUAGUUAUUAAAACAGGCUUAUUUUU